UUUCAGGGACUCUGGUUUGGGUGGAUUAUGAACGGCUUUGGACACCAGCCUGCCUCCAACCACCAGACCAGCCCCAUUCAGCACCACAGCGCCCAGGAGCUCCUGGACAUGGCCGUCUACUGCGACAACUACAGCGUGUACCAGCAGAACCUUCACCACCACCCGCAGAGGCCUGCGGCCCACUCCUCCAGCUACGGUCUGAGUGACUACACCUCCCCGUCCGCCAACCCCUACCUGUGGCUCAAUGGACCGGCCAUCAACUCCUCUCCGUACCUCCCUGGAAACAACAGCUCGUCCUACAUGCAGCCCGGGUACGGCUCGAACCAGAGACAGUUCCUCCCGACUCCCUCCGGGUUCGGUGGCGCCGACCUGGGCUGGCUGUCCAUCUCCAGCCAACAGGAGCUCUUCAAGAUGGUCAGGCCGCCUUACUCCUACUCUGCCCUGAUAGCCAUGGCCAUCCAGGGCGCACAGGACAAGAAGCUGACUCUGAGUCAGAUUUACCAGUAUGUGGCGGACAACUUUCCUUUUUAUAAGAAGAGCAAAGCUGGGUGGCAGAACUCUAUCCGGCACAACCUGUCUCUGAAUGACUGCUUCAAGAAGGUAGCGAGGGAUGAGGACGACCCAGGGAAGGGAAACUACUGGACUCUGGACCCGAACUGUGAGAAGAUGUUCGACAACGGGAACUUCAGACGGAAGAGAAAAAGGAGAUCGGAUAUAAACGGGUCUCUCCCGGUCAAAUCAGAGGACGCUCCGCACAAACUGUCCGACACCGGCAGCCUGCUGACGCCUUCCCCGUCCAGCCUGCACGGAUCUCCGGCCUCCACGGAGCCAAAGUCGUCGCCGCCUCCCUCCGCGGAGCACAGCCCCUGUUUCAGCAGCUUCGUGUCGGGCGUCAACUCGUUGCUGGCGGGCAGCGACGGCUCCGGGGCCCCUGGGGAACUGACCCAGAGCAGGGAAGGCAUGACGGGACUGGGAUCCUACUGUCCCUCCUUAAUCUCCCCCCUGAACUCUGACAACAGAAUGAACUAUUAUACAUCAGCGCAGAGCCUCUCCAACCACUUCAGCGUAAAUAAUCUACUAUACAACCGGGAGGGAACAGAGGUUUAGACUGUGUGCCACUUCUAUGGUAUGGAGCUCCAAAAGUGCCAUAUUUGGAUAAAUAAAUAAUCACACUGUUUACAGCAUUUGUGUCGGUAAUUAAAACAAACAAACACAUCCACAUAUUUAUUAAAUACGGCAAUAUUUAGUGUUCGAGUUUGGACAGACAACCCGGCUCUGUGUGGCAAUUUCAAUAAUUAAAAUAGAUAUCUAUCAAUUCAUCAAAUUUGCAUUGUACCAAAUAUGUUUUAACAUACUUGACAAACAAA